AUGGGGCAACUUCCAGAGUCCCGCGUCGUCCCUGCCGCGCGCUGCUUCCUGAAAGUUGGAACAGAUUUUGGUGGUCCGUAUUUGAUCAAAGACUCUAAGCGACGAAAUGCACCCUCUCGUAAGGCUUACAUAUGCUUAUUCAUUUGUUUGGCAACGAAAGCAAUUCACUUAGAGCUUGUCUCCGAUCUGACUACGGAAGCAUUCAUCGCCGCGUUGGAGAGAUUCACAUCGCGCAGAGGCAUGUGCACUGACAUUUUUUCGGAUAAUGGAUCAAAUUUCAAGGGCACAAAUAAUUAUUUGGAUGAGCUUUAUGAAUUUUUGCGUGAAGACAAGUCAAAUGAAAUGGUCACAAAACAUUUAACAUCGAAAAACAUCAAAUGGCACUUCUCGCCACCCAUCGGCAGCCAUUUUGGUGGCAUUUGGGAGGCUGGCAUCAAAUCAGUGAAAUUCCACCUAAAGAGAAUAUUAGGUGAUCAAAAAUUGACGUUUGAGGAAUUCACUACGCUCCUAACUAGAAUUGAAGCUAUUCUCAAUUCUAGACCUCUCUGCCCAAUUUCCUCUGAUGUGGAGGACCUCAAUGUACUUACGCCCGCUCACUUCCUCAUCGGCGGCCCGCUCCUGAGUUUGCCAGAGUAUGACUGGUCGUCAACUCCUUCAAACCGCCUCUCCAGAUGGCAACUUUUACAGCAAAUUACCCAGCAGUACUGGAAACAGUGGUCAUUGGAAUACCUCAAUACUCUGCAACAGCGCGCUAAGUGGCGGACUCAAGCGGCUGAAACACUCGCUGUUGGUGACUUAGUCCUCAUCAAGGAUGAAAAUGCACCGUCCUUGCAAUGGCAGAUGGGACGAGUCAUCGAGCUGCAUCCAGGCAAAGACGGCAUUGUUCGUGUCGCGUCCGUGAAAACAACGGCCAACACAUUGCGUCGUCCGCUCGUGAAACUCUUUCGCCUUCCCGUCGAUUGAGAUUUGGGCCUCUGCAUUGUUGUAAAUUUUACGUUUAAAUGUGUGUAAAUAGAAAUAUUUUAGUGUUAUUUCUAUAGG